AUGCCGUCUACAUUUUCCUCUGCGACUGGAAUUUCAGAAUGUUCUUCCCCACCAUUCGAAUUGAUUUUCUGGAACCGGUCCUCACAUCUCCUUGCAAACGCAACGGGCAUGGAGGAGCUGGAGGCAACUCAUCACCGGCGCUCACAGCAUGUGCAGUUUUCUCCAUCAACUUCAGUGUUCCUGGCUGUGCUCAUGACAGUCAUGGUCUUCUCCACUGUACUGGGGAACGCACUUGUUAUUCUAGCUUUUGUGGUGGAGAAAAGUUUGCGAACACAUGGCAACUUUUUCUUUCUGAAUUUAGCCAUUGCGGAUUUAUUAGUUGGAGGAUUUUGUAUUCCAGUGUACAUUCCGUAUGUGUUGACGGGCGAGUGGAGACUCGGAAGAGGGCUAUGCAAACUCUGGCUUGUAGUGGAUUAUAUGGUUUGCACUGCGUCUGUGUUCAAUAUAGUCCUCAUCAGCUUUGACAGGUUCCUGUCCGUCACCAAAGCGGUGAGCUACAGGUGUCAGAGAGUGACCUCCGCAGCAGUGCUGAAGAUGGUGAGCGUGUGGCUGGCUGCCUUCCUGCUUUACGGACCGGCUAUCAUCAGCUGGGAGCAUAUUGCCGGUGGGAGUGUGGUGCCCACUGGGGAGUGUUAUGCUGAGUUCUACUUCAACUGGUACUUCCUUAUGACUGCUUCCACAGUGGAGUUCUUCACGCCGUUCAUAAGUGUCACCUACUUCAACCUCAGCAUCUACAUCAACAUCAGGAAGCGGACUGUGGUCAGAGAUCAGCAGCCACCCAACAUGGAAUUUAGAAACUGCGAGAUGGAGUCACUUGGUGCCCGCGGUAUGAACCGCGUGUUCUUCGUCAGACCGGUUCAGACGCACACCUGCAGCGUCAAAGGCAAAGGCGCGCGCUCUCGGUGUUGUCGCUUGUCAAGCGCAAAGGUCUCCGCUGCAAUAAUUGGUGAUGCGGGCAAGGGAGGGAGACGAGACAGCGCCACUCUUGACCUCCCCCCCUUGCAAGUUGAAGAUUUGGCUCAUCAGUGUGGUCCAUCACGAUUUCUCAACGCCGAGCAAUCGUUUGAACCUUUGCGCACCCGUUCUGACGCGUCCGCCAAUCUGGCAAGCCGAUUCCGCCUCUCCAGGGAUAAGAAAGUGGCCAAGUCUUUGGCUGUCAUUGUUUGUGUUUUUGGGCUAUGCUGGGCCCCCUACACAUUACUCAUGAUAAUUCGGGCGGCGUGCCAGGGCCAAUGCGUUCAGCACUACAUGUACGAAAUCUCGUUCUGGUUAUUAUGGAUCAACUCGUCCAUCAACCCUGUUCUUUAUCCCCUGUGUCACAGUAGCUUUAAAAGGGCAUUCAGCAAACUCCUCUGUCCCAACAAGAUCAAUGUCCAGCCACAUUAUGUGGAACAAAAUGACUAG